AUAGCUUAAUAUGUUGUGAGAGAUGGCAGUGAAUACAAUAGAAACUUUUCCAUUUGCAAUGAUGGCGAUAUACUUUGGUUGACAGAUAUGUCAAAAAAUUCAGGGUGGCUAGUAUUUAUUUAGCUUAUAAAAUUGUUUAUUUUUAAACACAAAAAUCAUGUAUUAUAAAUAGUAAUAUAUUAUAAUUAAUAUUUGUAUUAAAUCCAAAAAUAUUGUUUAUAUCAUGCCAUGUUUCUAUAAUCCAUAAAAUAUAUAUUUAAAUAAAAGAUAUCCCAAUGGAGCAAAUUUUUAUGAUAGAAGUAUUCGUAAAAAAAAUCAUUUUAAAAAUUGAACCUCCAGAAAAAGAUGAAUAUGAAUUGAAAUUAGAAGCUGAAGAAAAAAGAAGAGAAGCAGAAGCCCUAGCAGCAGCAGAAGCGGCAAAGAAGGGUAAAAAAGGAGCUAAGCCACCAAAACCAAAGAAAAAAGGAAAAGAACCUCCAAUGCCUUCCGAAGAAGAAAUGAAGUUCAUGCAAACCUGUACAAUGCAAAUGCUGUGUCUGCCGCUCUUUGACUUUUACGUUGCACAUGACAACUUCAUAGCCCCACCUCCUCCUCCUCCACCAGGAAAGGGAGGAAAACCUAAAAAACCACCGAAGCCCAAAGGUAAAAAAGGAAAAGCUGCGCCGAUAAAAAUAGUUUUGCCCUCAGAACCCUUACCACAACCUCCAUAUUUUGGUGUCGGUAAUUCUGUUAUGUUUCUAUCUAGACCAUCGAAGUUAGAGGAAAUGUUAAAAAAAACGCCAGUUUAUAUUACGGUAUGGAACCGAGAUCAAGAAAUGAACUGUGUUGGUUUUUGUGUCGUGGAAUGGCACGAAUCGUUUUUUGAAUGUCUUAAAAAAAUUGAAGAACUAAAUCCAGUCGAUAUGGACCAAGCAGAAUUCAGAAGUACGGGUAAGCCAAGCAUGGCAACUAAUACGGUGGAGUUAAUAAGACCGAUACAAUGCGAGGAAGAUUUAAAACCGUCUGGUGAGAUUGAGUUUUUCCUUCGAUUAACUUGCUUGGGUAAUCGACUGGUUACAUAUUUUGUUGCUUUGCCCGAAAUGGAAAGGUUGCCAGGUCGUAAAUAUUUAAAUGAUGAGCUGAAGUUGAAGGACGUGGAAGUUGUAAGGCACUGGGAGGGAACAACGAUUGACGCUGUCCCGCCAGUUGCUUACUUCUUUGGUGCUCCCGAUAUUUGCAGAGAGCCAAUUCGACCAGUGGAGGAACCCGUAGUUUAUGAUGACUAUGAAGCGCCAUUUACUUCAAGUGAGUUAGCUAUUCUCGCUAUGGGCUUCCCAAAAGGGCCGUGUGGUGGUACUAAUUGUCCAAAACGAAUGGACUAUAGAGGAAGCCAGCACCAAUUUAUUCCGGGGGAAAAACAAAGAGGAAAGCCGUACAAGUCAGGACAGUUUGUUAACAAAAGAGAUGUUCACGGACCGUGUGGUAGACUGGAUUGUCCUUUAGCCAAAAAAGUUCGUUCGUAUUUAUGUUCUGAAGGAAGUUACAAACCAUGUAAAAAACCAUGUUGUACUGAUUACUAUUAAGACGAAAAUAUUAAUAAUAUUAAAUUCGUGUUUUGUUAGAGGCCUUAAAUCAAUACAAUAAACGGUAAAUAAGAACAA